GGCACGGAGAGGCAGGGAGAUAUAGCACGGGGUGAUAACAUUGCACUCUCUCUUCAAAUGACAAGUGCUUAUUUUCCCGUUUACCUCUCACCGCGCGCAGCAUCUCCGGCUCAUAGACUUACUCUUCCGAAAGAACUCGUCUUCUCACCUGGUCUCCUGUUUCUUUUUUUAAACUAUUACUUACAUUAAUUUCUUCAAAGAUGUGCGAAAUGUGGAAUUUUGGCAAACGGUGACCUGUCUGCAUCUCGAAAUUAUUCGGUGCAUCUUUUCGGGGUUGACUGUUAGAACUGGGUAGGCAAUAUUUUCCGAUGUUUUACGAUGCUCUGCCUCUCAACAAUUUAGAAAAGUGCGUGGUCAUUUUCAGCGCCGAAUCCACGGAGGAUGACGACGAAUCACCUUGCCUCUCCGGUGUACUUUUUCACAGCCUUUUGACUGUCUAGUGGAGUAAAUUCGAUGAUUUAUAUAAAGACAAAGUUUGACCGACACAAGUGGUCAGCGGACACCUUUUGGUAAUCGGACAGUGGACCGACCACCUGUCCACGGGCUCGGUGCGUCUUUAUCAACCUUAUCAAAUUGAAGAGAAGAUAAUUACCAAGUAAGAAUAAACAAGCAACGUCAAAGAUAUUUGCAUCGUCUCGCCUUUGGUGGUGUAAUAGCAGGAUUUACAUCAUAUCUGGAGUAAUUUUAUGUGCGCACUAUUGAAGGAUAUAGCCUUAGAAUGUUUGCAUUAUUUACAUUUGGAGUAAGGUUCAUCACUUGAGUGUAUUAGACACUAUCGACUUUUGUGGAAACCAUCUAAAUGGGACGAAACCUGGAAAACUGACUUGUUGAGAAAAAAAAUAGGAUAAAACGGUGUAUUGCACGCAGUCUGAUGUCUGCUCUACGGCCGGGGAGCUGUCUAGGGCGUCGGGUGUGGAUCCUCCUGGCCAUGACCCACCUCACCCUGGAUUUCUCCCUGUGUAGCCCCCUCAGUCAGGGCCUGGGGAUCAAGCUCAUCCCCAAACCUGUGCCUCGCCCCCGGCCCCGCUCGGCGCCCCUCUGGGAUACUCCCAACAUUCUCCACUGGAGGACUGUAAGCACUCUGGCGCACCGGCUCCUCAACCCCGUCCCACUACCGGACAGCAGGGGAGGGCCAGGGCCAAAGGUCAGGGGUCAAAAGUACAGGAGACUGGCACACAAAGGACAGCCAUGUAAGGAGUGCCGGUUGAAAUACACAUCCACCGAGGCGGGGGAUUCUGCAGCGUCGGCAGCAGCGGUAGGUCUUCCCAGGGGGAGCAAAACAGACGUGGUGAGGUUGUUACGGAGGGCGAGGAGACAGCUGAAAUGGGACGCUGACGACAAAUCUCAGGAUGGCAGGACCACGACGGUGGCCGGAUAUAUCGACUGGGGACCCACAGGGACGGAGGACAACUUUGACGACGGUGAGGGGAAAACGGCGGCCAACUCCACGCUGUCCACCAAGGCCUUGACUACUACUGUGGCCACCACCACUACUACCACCACCACCACCACCACCACCAAGAGCCCCCAGAGGACAUUCGCGGUGGUGACCACCCCGCACCCUAGGAGGCUGAGCACCACCAAGGCCAGCGUCAGUUUAGGGGAGACUGUCAAACCACCAAAGCCAUACGGAGACACACCAGGACUGGCAGUUCACCAGAUUAUUACAAUCACUGUGUCUCUCAUUAUGGUCAUCGCAGCCUUGAUAACUACACUUGUCCUUAAAAACUGCUGUGUACAGUCGGGGAAUGGCCGUCACAGUAGCCAUCAGCGGAAGAUUCACCAGCAGGAGGAGAGCUGUCAGAACCUGACCGACUUCACCCCUGCCCGCGUGCCCAAUAAGGUGGACAUCUUCACCGCCUACAACGACAGCCUGCAGUGCUCGCACGAGUGUGUGCGCACCGCCGUGCCCGUCUACACGGACGAGAUGAUCCAGCAGACCCCUAUAUACAAGACCACCUACAACGGAAAUAGACCUUCUCCCAUUGAAAGGCAGCUGAUUCCUGUGGCCUUUGUGUCAGAGAAGUGGUUCGAGAUCUCCUGCUGACUAACUGAAGGCUUUUUUACAUCACAUGGAUGGAACAGACUUCCUGAAUUUAUGCUCUGGAUCCUUUGGUAAACUUUUCCAACCAAGAGAAAGAAGCGACUCAAACGAAGGCCAAUUUUGUAAAGUAGUGGGAACUCUCUCUCUGGACACAGAUUAAGAUAUUUAUUUUUCUAUAAAUGAUGACAAACCAAGCAGCCAUACCGCUGCCACUCCAAACUAUUUUCCAGAGACCUGUGUUCAUUUAGAUAUCUAGUUAGAGUUAAUAUAUAACUAUAUUACUGGAUGUGCCGGAGAAGACCAUCUACGUCAGCGUCACCUUGAAGAGGACUAGGUUUCUUGGAGAGCUAGGAGACUUGGAGGAGCUGCUCUCAAUGGAAAAAGCUGAGCUGUAUUACUGAACAAUGUGCCAAUUACGCCACUAUGUGCCAUAAUCUGUACAGAAGGAACUUUAGACAACAAUUCAUGGACAAUAUUAACCCUGUAUCAACCUAACUCCAUCUUUUUUUAAAGAAAAGUGAGAGAAAAAAAAAUGUUUAAAAGUAUUUGAAUAUGUUUUCUGAAAUAGUUGUAAGAAUUGUGUUCCAAAGUCCAAAAAAUAUUUAUAAUAUGAAGCACUAUUCAUUGAGGGCAAGUGGGGAAAGAAAAGAAAACAGUACAUGCUUUAGUCAACACCUACAUUUAAUGCAUUGUUACUAUGUCCCAUUUUAAAACCAGAGUAGUCUGUCUAUUUUUAUACACGAAAAGAGGUCAGUCACAACCCAAACAGUGCAGUUCCCAUGCCACAUGAUGUUUGGACAGCGGAACACCAUUAACAGUCCAAUCAGAGAUUGAAGCAAAGGGAAUUCAAAACACUCAUCGAAUCCAAGCCCAGAUUAAUUACCCUUUCGGAAUGUCCUUUUUCUCAGAGGUUUUUUAUUAUGCUUACUACACAAUGGUUGUCGAACAUUGCAUGCCAUAUGUCCUGUUGUGUUCAGUUCUAUCUGAAUCAGGGUAGCUAAGGCAAACAGAGAGGAUUAGCAGUGUGUUUACAUAUAUACUGCCUCAGGUCAGUGUCCAAUACACAAGUCUUCAUUCAAUUUUCCAUCCCAAGCAUUAUUCACAAGGGAUAAGACAUUAUAUGUUACUAUGAGUGGUGGUAGGAUAUGAGCGGUACCGCACAAGGGUGGAAUUUAGAAUUAACUUGUAAGAAUAUAAUUAUUCUAACUCUGCAAUUACAGUAAGUGAGAAAUAUUGAAUAUCUCCUCUCAACUAUAUAUACAUUUUCAGUGUUUACCUACUGUGUCUCAUAGUCUAAUUGCAAAAAUAAUAAUAAUUAGUCUUAAAACAACCAAGGGUCAGAUUUAUCAAACAAUGCUUCUAAGGCCACUAAUAAGUGUCAUUUGUGUGUAUUAUUGGGGGAAUAAUAAUACCUUUUAGUGUUGCAUUUAUCAAGCCCAUGCUAAUUGGAAUUAUCAUAUUAUCAUCAAACACCUUUACAAAUGGUGCCCUGUGUGAGAAGUAUUUACAAUCGGAAGUAGUCUUUUCUAUACCAUAAUCUCAGAAAUGCAUGCAAAUCAAGAAAUGGAAAUGAACAGAACAUCUGAAUAAAAAUGGUAAAGUAUC